AGCGUGGCCUGCCACAGGCGCCGCACAUUCCGUUGCCCGUGCCGUGCCAUAUUUUGAUGCCGCCAGUCAUGUGACUCAACCGGCCGGCAUUCAGUCAGUCUUGUUGAAACGUUUAGUCGGGGCGCUCGCUAGUGCCACCCGUUCGUUUCGUACAUUACAUUAUACAUGCAGAUUAACGGAAAAACCUUACUCUAUUACGGCGUUUGGUUACCGAAAAUGGAUUGCGAAGACCUCACUUAAAUAUAUUUGUGAAGUGUGUGUUAUCAAUUCAGGAUUAACGUGAUUGUGUCCGUGUUGACAUUGUGAUCUUUUCUGUUGCGAAGUAAAUAUGGAAACAAGGCAUUAUUGGGAGGAGAACGGGCAUGCCGUCAAAUACGAAAGCUACAACACCACCGAGGAGUUUCGGAAUGGCGAGCAGCUGGGCUUCGCGGCGCCCUCUGAGGACGAGGACUACCAGGCCGGCUUUCUGAAGAAGGGGAAGGUCACAAGGGCAAACCCGAUGUCCCACCGAAUCAUCGAGAAGCGGCGGCGAGACCGCAUGAACAACUGCCUCGCAGACCUGUCCCGCCUCAUCCCGCCCGAAUACCUCAAGAAGGGCCGCGGCCGCGUCGAGAAGACCGAGAUCAUCGAGAUGGCCAUACGACACCUCAAGUUCUUACAGGAGCGAGCCAAUGCGGCCGAGCGUGUGGCGGGCGAGGAGUUCCGAGCUGGCUUCCACGAGGCGGUCAACGAGGCGGCCAGGUUCCUCGCGGAGGUGCAGGGCUACGGCCAAGCGGACGGGCUGUGUGUGCAGCUCGUCUCGCAUCUGCAGAGACACGUCGAGAUGAUCACUAAAGGCGAAGUCCCCCGCGAGAAGCGUCAUCCCACCUCCUCCUCAGAGACCGCCAGCUCGUCCAGCUCCUCGCACAGCCACGUGCCGCGCGACGGCGUCAUCGCACGCCGCCUGGAGCCCCCACAGCCCGAGCCCUAUGAACAGCCGGAGCAGUACCCGAUGGAGUGCGAUAGAGAAGGUCUCAUCUCUAUAGCAGUACGCACACUUCGAGGCCUGGCGGUGCCAAGGACUAUGCCGGAUCGCAAUCGCACCGUGACCAACGUGGUCGCAGCACCCGACGAGGCGCCUCCAGAGGGCGAGCCCAUGGCGCUCGACGGCCACCGCAAGAGGGAGCCAACGCUGCGGGCCAUUAGGAAGCCCGAACACGGCGAGGACUUCUUACACUCUUACAAGUUCAAGAAUUCUAUUGAAAGAAGGUUUUCAAGGUCUCAGGAUUGUGAGGCGACGGACAUGACGGUGCGCGGCGCGCCGCACAAGAACUACGGGCACAAGCGGCGGCGCGCCACCAAGCCGGCGCCCUCCACCACCUCCACCUCCAACUCGGGCUCCACGGAGGACGCGAGGGACACCUCGCCACAGGACACGUCGAGCGAGUCCCCGCACCAACACUACGAGAAACCGCUGGCGCCGCCCGCGCAGUACGUGCCCGUGUUCGCACUCAACUCUCUAGGCAAGUACUACGUGCCGCUGAGCGUGGACUACUCGUGCCUGGCGCGGCACCUCGGGCCGUACGACGUGCUGGACGCGCGCGCCGCGCACCUGGCCGCGCCGCUGCACCCCGUCACCAUCCACGUCAACUUCCAGCCCUGCCUCAACUACCACGUCAAGCGCGAGCCGCGCGACCAGGACUGGCGGCCGGUGUGAACCGGACCUUAUGACAUUGUCUGUAACGUUGCAUCGUCAGCUACCGACGUCUGCUGUCUCAAUUUGAAAAGGGAGCGCCUCAACUACCACGUCAAGCGCGAGCCGCGCGACCAGGACUGGCGGCCGGUGUGAACCGGACCUUAUGACAUUGUCUGUAACGUUGCAUCGUCAGCUACCGACGUCUGCUGUCUCAAUUUGAAAAGGGAGCGCCUCAACUACCACGUCAAGCGCGAGCCGCGCGACCAGGACUGGCGGCCGGUGUGAACCGGACCUUAUGACAUUGUCUGUAACGUUGCAUCGUCAGCUACCGACGUCUGCUGUCUCAAUUUGAAAUGGGAGCGCCUCAACUACCACGUCAAGCGCGAGCCGCGCGACCAGGACUGGCGGCCGGUGUGAACCGGACCUUAUGACAUUGUCUGUAACGUUGCAUCGUCAGCUACCGACGUCUGCUGUCUCAAUUUGAAAAGGGAGCGCCUCAACUACCACGUCAAGCGCGAGCCGCGCGACCAGGACUGGCGGCCGGUGUGAACCGGACCUUAUGACAUUGUCUGUAACGUUGCAUUGUCGCCUACCGACGCCUGCUGUCUCAAUUUGAAAAGGGAGCGCCUCAACUACCACGUCAAGCGCGAGCCGCGCGACCAGAAUUGGCGGCCGGUGUGAACCGGACCUAAUGACAUUGUCUGUAACGUUGCAUUGUCGCCUAACGACGUCUGCUGUCUCAAUUUGAAAAGCGUGAGCGCGACUGAUGUCCGGUGUGAGCAGGAGCUCUGAAAUAUUUACUGUCAUAUCGUCAGCCGCCUCGGCAAGCGGGGAAGCCCGGUGGCGGCUAGGCCUCCAGCUAUCACUAAUGAAUCGUUCGUUUAAACUAAGACGAGAUCCACCAGUCAGUUGAGUUACGAUGAGACACGCGAACGUUGCGAGUACUAAGCGGCUGUCGCGGUAAAUAUGAUCCCGGUUUGAACGCCUUUGUCUACCAAACUGAGCGUGUUGUACCUACAGGCUAACUGUUGAAAACUGUUGUACGAUGGGAUUAUUUCCCGACUAAUUAAAUAUUUGUCGGCUAUGUGCGAACGAAGUAUGCGGUCAGGAAAAUACAAGCAACAACACCCGGCAUGGGAAAAAAGAUAAAUUUCAAUGUGAAUAAUAUUAUUUGACAGCUGUUAAUUGGUAGAAUAAUGUUUUAUUCCGCUGGAGCGGCCAAGAGGCCCCAAAGAACCACCAAAUAAAUAAAACUUCAAUGACAUUCAACGAAACUCACUGAACCUGUGAAGUUCAAUACAAAACUCCACUCCACACCUGUGUAACGCUCCCUACGAUAUUAUGAUUACAGUAUAAAUGUGCAGUGUCUGGAAAAUUAAAUGGAUGCUUAAUUGCUUAUAGACGUUAAAGUGCCGGUCGAGUGCAAAGACGAUUUUAAGUUUAAACGGUAACGGAUAUAAGUUAUUUAAGAAUUUUUAUCUAUUUUUAUUCAGUUAAGUGUUAUGAACUUUGGGGACAAAGUGUUGAGACAAAAGGGAUGGGAGUAUAGUGUAAGUAUCGAUGACAAUAAUCGAUUUCCGGUUUGUGGAAUAUUAAGUUUAAGUUUUGAUGAAUAGCAGUCGCUUAAGGCCUCAUUCGCACGAGCGCUUUUACAACGCGCGUUAAAAAAGUUUGAAUGACACAAAUGGAUACAUGUGUGUUUAUUCACACGAUGGCGGCGGCGCUUUUUAUUAAGCGUUAUGGGAUUUUCGACUUUAAGUGUUGGUCGUUAAAACUAAUUUAGCGUGCGGACGGAUUCAAGCGCUUUUUUAACACGCGUUGAUGAAGCGCUCGUUAGUAUGAGGUCUAACAGAACAACCUUGUUUCACAAAUCUUGUACCACUUCGCAACCAGACCAGUGUACGUUUGACCUCCGAAGACGCAUCUUCGCGUACCUAAUUCAAAUAACUAACCAGUGCAGUUAAAUAAGGACACAAGUGAUCGGAAAGGAUCGACACGUUUUUCUAAGGAAUUACUAUAUUUUUUUAAUAUAACUGUGUUACGUCUUUCCUGUAGACAUACACACAAGUUAAGGGCUAUAAAGGUUAAUUUUCUUAUUUAGCCCUUAUCCACGUGAAAAGGUCCUCCUUUUAUUUACAGAACUAUGAUAAAAUCAUUACUUACAUUACAUGCCCACAAGCUGUUAACUAUGCCCACAGGAGAGAAAAAUGUACAGUUCGCGCGAACACACUAGUUUUCUCUCCUGUGUGCAAUAGUUAACAGCUUGUGGGCAUGUAAGUAACGGUUUGACCCAUAUCUGCUUAUUGCAUUUCGUACCGUACCUACAUAUAAAAGUCAAGGAGUAAAAUACCCAAUUUUGAAAUAGCUUUCCCAUUGUAUUAUUUUUGUUUCCUACUUAUCAUAUUUUUCAUUUCAUGCGAAACGAUGCGUCUUUGCAGUCAUUUGGAUUCUGACUGUCCCUGAUGAUUAUUCCUUUAAUUUCAUAAUAUUCGUAUUAAGAAGUGGUGAAACGGGUUUUAAAGUUAAAUAUCCUAUUUUAACACAUUGUAAGAAAUGCAAGUACUAUGUACCUUUUUAUAUAGUAACUAUAAAGUGGUAUGUUUCAAUUGGUGAUUGCAAUGUACUUAUUAAGAAACACUGACUGUACCUACUUCCAAUGUUAUAUGUUUGGAAAAAUUUAUACGUAAAUAUUUUAGAUAUCUUAAUUUAGAAUCGUUGUUUAAGUGUCAUGUUAAUAUUUAUUGUUAAUAUUAACUCAUUCCAAAACAGAUAUGCUAUUUUAUUUACCUUUAUGGUAUAUUUAAUUUAUCUAUAAAUAGAUAUAUCACCUAUGAUAAAAUGGGGCAUAUUGCCUACAAUAUGCCUCUGCCCAAAUUGUAAUUUUAUAAGCUUUUAGGCCUCAUUUGCACGAGCGCUUUUACAACGCGCGUUUAACGCAUUCACUGCCAGGGGGCGUGGCCUAGGAACAAACUUGUAUGACAGUGAACGCACAUGUGCGUUGGGGGCAGUGAAUGUGUUAAAUGACGCAAAUGGAUACAUGUGUAGAGUCUGUGCGGAAAGAGAAGAGUCGUGGAAUGUAUGGAGCCCAAUACAUUUCACGACUCUUCUCUUUCCGAACAAACUCUAUUUAUUGACACGACUUUUUAUCAAGCGUUGUUGGAUUUUGGACUUUUAAGUGUUUGGCGUUAAAUCGAAAUUAGAAUGCACACGGAUUCAAGCGCUUUUUUAACGCGUGUUGAAAGGAUGAAUUUCAUUAAAAUUGUAAAUAAUUAAGGGUUUGACUUUAUUUGCGAAUUCAUUGUGUAAUGAUAACAUAAAGGGAAUCGAUUACAUUGUGGACGAAUUAAGAGCGCUCUUAGUUAAGGCCUUAACCCUUAAUUCGGUAACGUCCAAAAUACUGGACACAAUUUUGUAUUUUGUUUAUUUAACCCGCUUUUUGUAUUUUUUUCUUUAGGUACCAGAAUCAUUGCUACUAUUGAGCACCGAGGAGGUCUUAAUUCACGACCUUCAGUGUUUUCUGUCGAUUUAAGGGUUAAUAUUUACAAAAAUAUGGGAUUCACCCAUAAUGUAAAUACAUAUAGGUGGAGUCAGACAAGUCAAGUCUGCAACGAUUUUUAUAGCACACGCAGUGCAAGUGUUAUCUAUUUUAAACGUCAAACUUCUAUGAAAUUAUGACGUGUAAUGCUAUCUAAAUCGUCCCAGACUUAUCUUGGUCUAAAUAACUCUAGAAGUUAAUGAUUCUAGUUCUUAGUUAUGGCUGUGAACCAACGGUAGUAGUCAAAGAGCGUUAUUUUAUAUAACAAAUGAUUUGUUGCAAUUGGAAAGGAUACUUAUAUUACACAAAGCUCAUUGGUCUUCAGUGAUUUUUAGCACCUUUUGUAUUACACGAGAAGACUAAUUAUUUUUUAAGCUAAUACUCUGUUAGUAGGUACACAUAUUUUUGUAUUUCGAGAUCCGCUUUCCACGGUAUUAUUAAAAGUAGAGAUAUGUAUAAUGAACCUAUGUCAGACCGUAAAAAUUCUGCAGCGAUUUUCAUAGCCCACGCAGUGCAAGUGUCAUUUUAAACGUCAAACUUCUAUGAAAUUAUGACGUAUAAAUAACACUUACGCUGCGUGGGCUAUCAAAUCCGCUGCAGACUUUUAUUGGUGCGACUAUACCUACCUACAUGUUAUCUUGUUGUAUAUAUAUUGCACAAACGCAAAGGUUUUAGAGUUAGACCAACAAAAGUCCGUAGCGAUUUCGAGAGCCCACGCAGUGCUAGUGUUAUUCUAAACGUCAUACUUCUAUCAAAUUAUGACGUAUAAAUAACACUUGCAUUGCGUGGGCUAUCAAGAUCGCUGCAGAUUUUCUUGGUCUAACUCUACCACUAUAUCAUUAUGUACAGUCGGCAUGAAAUAGAUAGUCACGACCCAAUAUAUCGCAACACAUCCUUAUUUUUAUAUCAACAGGUGUGCUACAAUAUAUUUGGCCACUUUCAAUCUAUAUAUAUUUUGUUCAGCCCGAUUGCAACAAUGUUUUUAUCUAUUAUUUUAAGAAUAUUUCAUUAUAAUGGAUAUUUUUAUAUGUGUACGAGCUACCACAGACAACUGAACUAGUAUGUACGUGCUAAGUUGGGCCUAUUACUGUUAUCGCCAUGUUUUUACUCUCCCAGAGCUUUCACUAGAUGGCGUGAGGUUAAGUGAAGGGCAAACUGCAGUCUGAGCAUAUCUGCAGAAACAGAGAUGCAUUAUAAAUUAUUUUUAUAUCCUGACGCCACGCCUAACGUGUGCGGCGCGUCAUCCUGAACCUUAUUGGAAUGCACGAAGGUUGAUAUUGGGUUGCAGCCGCGCGCGUCAGUUGACGUCGGUGGCAGUCAAAAGGUUAAGUUUGUCCUUCAACUAUCUAAACACGUUCCACGAGUGUACGCUCUAAGACUGAGUUGUUAUAUAAUCAUAACAGAGUAAAGAUGGAUGUACUAAAUAGUUAAGAAAUUCGUGUCAAAUGUAUAUUCGAUGUUGAGUUGUAUGAAUACUGAAUAGAUAUUUUUGUAAAUACAGUUAAGAAUUAUACGUUAAUAUUUUACGAUAAAA